AUGGGAAGGCAUCUCUCCCUCCCCGUCUGGAGCCGCUUCAGCCCUGCCCGUCUGAAGCCGCUUCAGUCCUGCCCGUCUGAAGCCGCUUCAGUCCUGCCCGUCUGGAGCCGCUUCAGUCCUGCCCGUCUGGAGCCGCUUCAGUCCUGCCCGUCUGGAGCCGCUUCAGUCCUGCCCGUCUGGAGCCGCUUCAGUCCUGCCCGUCUGGAGCCGCUUCAGCCCUGCCCGCCUGGAGCCGCUUCACCGCUUCAGUCCUGCCCGUCUGAAGCCGCUUCAGUCCUGCCCGUCUGGAGCCGCUUCAGUCCUGCCCGUCUGAAGCCGCUUCAGUCCUGCCCGUCUGGAGCCGCUUCAGUCCUGCCCGUCUGGAGCCGCUUCAGCCCUGCCCGCCUGGAGCCGCUUCAGCCCUGCCCGCCUGAAGCCGCUUCAGUCCUGCCCGUCUGGAGCCGCUUCAGCCCUGCCCGCCUGGAGCCGCUUCAGCCCUGCCCGUCUGGAGCCGCUUCAGUCCUGCCCGUCUGGAGCCGCUUCAGCCCUGCCCGCCUGGAGCCGCUUCAGCCCUGCCCUCCUGGAGCCGCUUCAGCCCUGCCCUCCUGGAGCCGCUUCAGCCCUGCCCGCCUGGAGCCGCUUCAGCCCUGCCCGCCUGGAGCCGCUUCAGCCCUGCCCGCCUGGAGCCGCUUCAGCCCUGCCCGCCUGGAGCCGCUUCAGCCCUGCCCGCCUGGAGCCGCUUCAGCCCUGCCCGCCUGGAGCCGCUUCAGCCCUGCCCGCCUGGAGCCGCUUCAGCCCUGCCCGCCUGGAGCCGCUUCAGCCCUGCCCGCCUGGAGCCGCUUCAGCCCUGCCCGUCUGGAGCCGCUUCAGCCCUGCCCGCCUGGAGCCGCUUCAGCCCUGCCCGCCUGGAGCCGCUUCAGCCCUGCCCGCCUGGAGCCGCUUCAGCCCUGCCCGUCUGGAGCCGCUUCAGCCCUGCCCGCCUGGAGCCGCUUCAGCCCUGCCCGUCUGGAGCCGCUUCAGUCCUGCCCGCCUGGAGCCGCUUCAGUCCUGCACCUGUCCUCGUUCUACAACCUGAGUCCAGAGCUGCGCGGCCUUGGUCCUCGUUCUGUAGCUUAG